AUGAUACGACCUCGCGCCCCUCACACGUCACCAGACCGACCUUGGCUAGCCUGGAAAUCAUGGGAGACCACUGCAAUCGAUCUGUCCGGUCUUCCAAAGGAGGUCAACACUCAUGAUAUUUUCGAUGCUUUCAGCAGCUAUGGAAAUAUCGUUUCUAUUGACCUUCGGAAUGGUCCUGGUGGGGAGCCUGGUUCGAAAGGGCGUAUUCGGUUCCGGCCUGCCCCAGAGAAUGAUUUCUGGACUGCCGGUUCCUGUGAUAUGAAACUCCGGAGUGGCCGCGUUGCUCAUGUUUCGCUCCGUCUUGUCUGUGGCGACUCAAACGAGUUCAUCCCCAGCCCGGUCCGGGCCAAUAUUAAGCUUCCUGGAGAACUGGAACUCAAAACCACUCAAGUCGACAUCGGUAUCCUUCUGAGCCCGUCCACUGUUCAUUUCAUGCAGAGCUUUCACGACUUGGCAUACCCGAGAUAUGUUGUGGACGUCAAACGGAAAUGCCUGUUGAUUUAUUUCAAAGUGGGCAUCCGGGGGUCAGAGACUGCUGAGGUGACCCAACAUGACUAUCGUGUCAAAAUCCCCUUCCUCCAGCUGACCCAAGUGUACGACCAAUUUGACGAGACAUCGAGGCAGAAAUCCCUCCUAUUUAUUCUAACCUCUGCCGCUAUUUGCCAUCGGAAGACCAACGACAUCCGGUCUACGUUGACUGAGGAGAGAAAUUGGAACGAGGAGGACAGCUGGUAUCGCCAGACCUCUGUGACGCACAACCCAAAUUCGUUGAAGUCUCUUUCGACCAACUUGAAGAAGGCCGGACAUAUUAUUGACCUGGGCCGAUGGAACGUCUUCAAGAUCACAUUUUCCCCCGAUGAGAAUCAUCCGCCCGAUCCCGAUACAAUCAACCCCAGCUUCUUACUCAUGAAUGAGAUUUUCGCCGACUACAAUAUCUCUGUCAAUGAUGGAAGCGCCUUUGUCGAGAGUCUAGACCGACCAGUACCGGUGUGGAAUUGGAUUGACUUUUCUGAGUCCAAGUCCAACAAAGCUUCCACGUUGCUGCAAGACCUGGGAGAUAAGAACUAUGUACAUCUUCCCUUUACCAUCCGGUACCAACUGGAGGUUUGCCUAUCGCAAGGAUUUCUCUCUGAAUUCACCAUGGAUCGCGAGUUUGUGGAAAUACUGAAGGGCCUCGGAGAUGACCAGGCCAGAAGGUUGCUGGAGUUUGUUGCAACCGAGAAGAAACAAUACCUUGAUCCCAAGAAGAUCUUUGAUCUCAAAUGUGUCAACGGAGUGAGUGACUUGAAGAUCAAGAGCUAUUGUUGCUUCAUGCACACCGCACGGGUUACUCCGACCACAAUCUAUUUCAACACCCCUUGUGUCGACGUAUCGAAUCGAGUUGUGCGUGAAUUUACUCACGCAGGCACAACUGGACGUUUUCUUCGAGUUCGGUUCACGGACGAGAAAACUGAAGGACGUAUCAAUUCUUCCUUCACGAGUUCCAACGAUGAAAUAUACACUCGUGUCAAAAGAACCCUGUCAAACGGCAUCACCAUCGGAGACCGUCACUAUGAGUUCCUCGCAUUUGGCAAUUCCCAAUUCCGCGAGCAUGGCGCGUAUUUUGUUGCACCCGAUGCUGGUGUGUCAGCAGCAAGUAUUCGAGCUUGGAUGGGACAGUUCAACCAUAUCCGAAACGUGGCUAAAUAUGCUGCAAGACUGGGACAAUGCUUUUCGACCACCCGCGCGUACACAUCGACCUCCGUCCAACUUGUCCCAUGUGAAGAUAUAGUUCGGAAUGACUUCACAUUUUCGGAUGGCGUUGGGAAGAUCUCCGAGUUCCUUGCCAAGAUGGUGAGAGAAGAACAUGAUAUAAAAACUCUGAGUGGAGAGCUUCCUUCAGCUUUCCAGUUUCGCCUCGGCGGUGCCAAGGGCAUGCUGGCUGUAUCUCCAGAUCCUCAGCCUCAUGAAGUACACAUUCGCCCAAGCCAACAGAAAUUUGAAGCCAACAAAAAUGGGUUGGAGAUCAUCCGUUGGUCCCAAUACUCUAUUGCGACGUUGAAUCGUCAAUUGAUCCUUGUACUCUCUGCUCUAGGCAUCCCGGACGAAGUGUUUCAUGUCAAGCUCAAAAGCAUGUUGGAUAGCCUCUAUCGAGCCAUGUGCAAUGAUUUGAAAGCAGUUGAGUUACUGCAGCGAUACAUUGAUCCAAACCAAAUCACUAUCAAGCUGUCUAAUAUGGUUGCUGAUGGCUUUCGACGGAGUGAGGAGCCGUUUGUUAAUACCAUGCUCGAGCUUUGGAAAUCUUGGCAUCUAAAACAUCUCAAAGAGAAAGCCAAAAUUGUCAUAGAUCAAGGAGCCAACCUCCUUGGCGUCAUAGACGAGACAGGUGUUCUGAAAGGCUACUUCAAAGAUUCAUUAUCUCACGACGAUAUCUCAUCUGAGGAUAAAUUGGCUGCUCUUCCUGAAAUAUUUGUGCAGAUAUGCCGCCCACAGGACAAUGGGGUGUGCAAAAUCAUCGAAGGUCUCUGUAUUCUUGCUCGAAACCCUUCCCUCCACCCCGGUGACAUCCGAGUAGUUCGAGCAGUAAACCGACCGGAGCUGCGAGAUCUCCGGGAUGUGAUCGUGUUUCCUCAAACUGGAGACCAGGACAUUUCAAGCAUGUGCUCCGGGGGUGAUCUCGACGGCGAUGAUUACCUUGUUAUUUGGGACCCUGAUCUGAUUCCCCAGCACUGGUUCAUCAAGUCCAUGGACUACAAAGGCUCCAAGGCUCCAGACCUUAACCACGAUGUGACAGUUGAUGAAGUCACUUCCUUUUUCGUAACUUAUAUGAAGAACGACUGCCUUCCUCGAAUCGCGCAUGCCCAUCUAGCUUGGGCUGAUCAACUACCGAAGGGAGUAUGGGAAAAGAAGUGUAUUCGCCUUGCGCAGCUUCAUUCAGAUGCUGUCGAUUAUAAUAAAAGCGGUGCGCAUGCCAGGAUGGAACGCUCCUUGAAUCCUAGAGAUUGGCCACAUUUCAUGGAAAAGAGGUACAAAAAGCCAUCCAGCAUUUACAAAUCUUCCAAAAUACUCGGACAAUUGUAUGAUGCCGUGGUAACUACUGAAUUCGCGCCCAACCUGGAGAAGCCUUUUGAUUCUCGCAUUUUGGAAUCCCCACUGGCCGCAGGAAGUGAUCAAUUCAUGGAGUUCGCCCGAAAUCUCAAGGCCGAAUACGACACAAGCAUGCGACAAAUCAUGGCUCAAUAUGAGAUAAACACCGAGUUCGAGGUCUGGUCGACCUUUGUACUCCGACAUGGCUUUGUUCUCAAGGAUUACAAAAUGCAGGAAGACCUGGGCGGAAUUGUGGGCACGCUGCGCCGUGCAUUUCAGCGCCAAUGCUAUGACAAGGUCGGACGCCAUGAUGGACCCAUCUGUGCCUUGGUCAUAGCUAUGUACAGGGUCACCCAGGAGCAGGUUAAUGCAGCACUGGAGGCUCAACGCGAAGAGAAAAGGCAAAGAGAGGAUCUUUCGAUUGUGGAAGUGAAAUCUACUGCAUUUCCGCUCAUCAGCUUCCCGUGGUUGUUCCCAGAUGUCCUCGGUCAGAUUGCGAAGGGCAAAGCGCGACAGCCUCGAGAGCCGGAGGAAGUAGGCAGUGCUGAUUCCACCAAACCUGUCAACGGCGGCCGGGUCUACACCCACGAGGAGAUUCUCGACAUUAUCGGAGACAUGGAUGAUAAUAUGCCGAAGCCAAAGACUGAUCCACAAUCUGAUUCUGUACCUCGGGGCUCCGAACUCCUUGCUCACCGGCGCGUCAUGAAGCCUAAAGACGGGGGCUCGGGCGUAUGCCUCGACGAGGACGAUGAGAAGGAAGGGGGAGUUCAAUUAACCAUUGAUGAAGUCAAGAAUAAGAAUACAACGAAGAAGAUGGGGGGUGAAAAUACCCAAAAUGGACAAGCUAAAGCACAGGAAAUAGUGGUCGAGGUCGAGGAUAUUGUGGAAGGGGAAGGUGAUUUGAAGCCAUCGGCGCUUGACGCUUUGCUUAACAUGAUGAAUAUCAAUUAA